AUGAGCUGGAUCAUCAUUACCUUCUUCACUGUUUCCUUUUUUGGGCUUAGUCUACAGCACACCUUCUUUGAAGGUUAUGGCUUGUCUCAAUCAGCUUAUCAUGUAUGUGUUGAAAAUGAGACUAAAAUCAUCAGCAAGGUAAUGUCUUAUAAGGUUUCCUACAAAGAGUGGAGGCCAUGUGGUGGCUGGCUUCCUGUGAAGACAUGUCAGAGGACCCUUUUUAAAACAGUUUAUCGCACUGUGCUCCUCAAUGUCACCAAGGAGACUAUCAAGUGCUGUGAUGGGUUUGAGCAAGUUGGCCACUAUUGUGCUUUGUCUUUGAGCAGAACUGCAGAAUUCAGUGCCAGACCUGGUCAUUGCCCUAGAAAUCCAUCAGGAGCCUGGGGUCCUCAGUGUGAGUGGGACACAGAUUGCCCUGGGUUCCAGAAGUGCUGCCAGGGUGGGAAUUUCUCUUACUGCACCAAUCCAGUGGCAGCUGAAAGGAGAUGGUGCCUUAAUGUGACUGUCACUGUGAAAGCAGACUUUGACAUGCUGCAGUCUUUGGAUGAAGGAAUCCUGAACCACACAAGACUGUUGCACUCCCUGGUCACAGGUGCUCUGGGCUCCCCUUUCCUUUCUGUGCAUCAUGUUUACUCCCAGUCUGCUGGACCCCUCAACACGCUCUCCUCACUGCUCCUCUGUUCCUCCCAGAGCCUCUCAGCAUCCCAUACAGCUGGCCAGCUGCAGCAACUUCUCCAGCGCAUCGAGGAAGUGAUAAGCAUUGAAGUGAAAGACACAGAUGAAUGUGCCCAUGUGGAGCUCAACAACUGCUCGCCUGAGGCACUCUGCCGCAAUACGGAGGGCAUGUACAGCUGCACAUGUCGCCCUGGGUUCACUGAUCUGAGCCCCAACAGUACAGGCACACAGUGCCAGGCUUUCCAAAAGCUGAAUAACUGGACCAACACAGCAGUUCCCAGUGUGAACAGCAGUGCUGAGUACAGUGUCUUUCCUUGUCGCUGUAAUGGGACACACAACAUGACAUUAAUGGAGACUUGUAACCACAGACCAGGUCAGAUGUGCUGUGAUCCUGAAGGACAGCCCCACCGUGGCUCCAAUACGACACUCCCACUCAGUGGGACACAGAUGCACCCAGCAAACAGCACACAGAGCAAUCUGACCAGUGACCUCAAGUUGCCAUGGAACAGUACUGACCAUCUGUCACCCAGUACAGUGGAAGAUGCUAGGAUAGUGAUCCAGAAGAGCACCUCAGAGGAUCCAGGGGUCCAUGCAAUGCCCAUGGAGUGGAACAGCACUGCCACUGCUGCUGCACCUGGUGCCUUCUACCUUAGCACAGCUCGAUACAAAGACAUCUCCAACGGCACAUUGAUCUCCACACACUGCCCACCGCUUUUCAAUGUUCAGGUGACCAAUGUCACAAGCUUCACUUUCUCAGUCACUUGGACAGUCCACACCCUCCCUGGGCAACCCUCUCCCAUGGAGUCCAUUAAUCACACAUUUCAAGUGCUGCUCCUUCAGGAGUCCCAGGUUCUGAGGAGCACAGAGGUGAUGGUGCCUUUCUGGGUUGCUACAAACCUGGAGCCCGGGGUUCUGUACACUGUCAGAAUUGUUCCCAGUGGAUGCACAAACAACAGCACACCAGUAGAAGAGCAUGUGAGGACAGCUGCGCAGAUCCUCAAAGCCAAGACCCGCCUGAGCAAUGUGCAGUUCAGAGAGACCUUGUUGAAUUCAAGCAGCCAGGACUAUCGUGAUCUUUGCCGCUCUAUUCAGAGUGAGAUAAGAAGAUCGCUAUCUGGAGACAUACUAGCUCUGCUGGACUUGGGAGUAGUCAAAAUUCAAAUAGUGGACCUGGCCCCAGGAAGUGUGGUGGUUAGCUAUGUGAUUGUGUUCCGCCCAGAAGAGAAACUGGACAUCAGUAAUGUGUCAUUUGCCCUUCUGACAUCCCUGCAGAACAGUUCCAAAUAUAUAGUGGACAAUAGGAACUCUAGUGUGGAAGAUUUCGAUGAAUGCUUUUCAAGACAAAUAGACUGCUCACCCUUUGCGUUAUGUGUGAACACCUGGGGAUCAUUCAAAUGCAUUUGCCCUGAUGGAUUUAUAGACACCAAUCCUGACAGACUGGGAAGAACCUGUGAAGUUUCCUCUUGGAAUCGCACCGAUUCCUCUGGGAAUCCAGCAGUUUCCUCUGGGAAUCCAACUUUUUCCUCUGGAAAUCCCACCGUUUCCUCUGGGAGUCCAGCGGUUUCCUCUGGGAAUCCAGCUGUUACUUCCAAAAGCAGCAACUCAGUCUCACUUGUGAGAGAUCCUUCACAUUCAGGGGCUGUCACUGUUGAGUGCAAAGCCAAUGAAAUCUUUGUAACCGUAGCAAGAGAGUUCCUUAGGAUCAGGAGUAUAGCAGAGAGCUCUUUGUACCUUGGAAGGCCAGACUGUGGGGUAACAUAUGGGAAUGAAAGUCAUGUCCAGCUGAAUGCCACCUGGGAGAAGUGCAACACGCAGUUUGUUCAUAACAGCACUCAUAGCACCGCACAAGUAAUUUUAUUCAGUAACUUAACUUCUGGCUUAAUUAUGACUUCUCCCAAAGUUUACUUAGAGAUACCAAUCAUGUGCACAUAUGGGAGGAACAUACUAAUUUCUACAGGACUCACCCCUAUUGGGAUUGACAUGAUCAAAGACAUAGUUGAGGGAUCUGGAACAUUUCAUGUGAGCUUUCAGCUGCUCAAUGGCACUUUCCCACUUCCCCAAAACCACACACUGUCUCCCAAUGAAGAAGUUGUCAUUGAAAUAGGAAUCAAUACCACUGUGCCACAACUCAAGCUCAUAACCAAGAGAUGCUGGGCGACCCCAUCCAGUAAUCCAUUAGACACAACAAGCUAUGAAUUCCUGAAAAACGGCUGUCCUGUCACUGGCACAUUCACAACAGUUUUACAGAAUGGGAAUUCCAGUAGGUCUCGUCUCUCUGUUCGCAUUUUUUCUGUCGUGGAAGAGAUUGUUAUCUACCUGCACUGUCAAAUUCAAAUCUGUGUUGAGACUACAGCAGAUAUCUGCAAAUCCGACUGCAGGGAGCGCACUGAAAGGACUGCUAAUAUAGUUGGCACCAGCAGAGCAUCUUGUGGACCCAUCUAUAAGUCUCCAAAUGGAUCAUCCACUGGGAAGACUGCUUCCUUUCAAGAUGUGGGAUUAAUCAUACUGGGGUUAGCUCUAGUUCUUCUCACCAUCCUUGUGGCUCUAGCAGUCAUCUUCUACUACCGGAGUAGAAUUGGACAUUACAACUUCAGUUUCAAGCAAAAGCAAGAGAAAUUCACCUAUCACAUUUUUGACACAUGA